AUGUUGGUGACGCUGUCUAAAAUGUUAUCGUUCCUGUGGCGCAUCAGAAGACCAAUGCUGGUCGUGUUAUUGAUAAUGUGCGUCAGCCCGAUCAUCUUCAUCAGCAUGGACCAAGCUAAAGACAUGAUUCAGGAUAUCAGUGUCACUAGUAGACAUCCUAAUGUAAGCGUUCAUUGGCGUGGUGUGAAGACUGGCUUUCGGAAUAUAACGUUGACACCGGAUAGUAAUAAAAAUGAACCAUACAACGUCGUAAUUCUCUGCUUGGAGUCCGUUUCUCACAACGGAUUUAUAAGAAACAUGAAGAAAAGUUACAAAUAUCUUAAAGAAAAAAUGAACGCUACAAUAUUAAAUGGAUACAACAUUGCAAACGAUGGUACCACUGGCGCCCUCUAUCCCUUAUUCACGGGCAAAUCUGAGAAUGAUCUAAAAGAGAUGAAUGAAUUCGGAAUGAGACGUGAUAAUCCAAGUUAUUUUAUUUUCAACCAGCUUAAACCUUUGGGGUAUCGAACGGCGUAUUUCGAUGAUACAGGCUUGAUAGCGACUCCAUACCAGUUCAGGUUUACUUACCCUCCAGCCGAUCAUUACCUGCGCCCGUAUUCCUUGGCCCGCCGCAAUGGAAAGCCACAUCGUUCUCUUUCCCAUCAUUGCAUAGAAUCUGCUCCUCAAUACCAGAUGUUGAUGCAUUUCGUUAAAGAGUGUCUACUGCUAGAUGGAAAGAAGUUUAUCUUCAGCUUAAUAGACGACUUGUCCUCUGAGAACUUCACGUUCGUUCCAUCAGCUGAUGAUAGCCUGCUAGACUUCCUCCAAACGAUGACCGCUAGAAGAGUCCUCGAAGACACUUUGUUGAUCGUCAUGGGAGACCAUGGACCUAGGUUCUCCCCGAUCAGGAGUACACAUCAGGGAAUGUUAGAAGAAAGGCUUCCCUUAAUGGCGAUUAUUCUACCACAUAAACUGAUAAAAGCUAGACCGUUAGCUCUAAAGGCUUUAGUGAACAACAAGGAUGUAUUGACGACACCUUUGGAUAUCUUCACAACGAUCCUAGACGUGCUAGGUGUAGAUGAAGUGGAGCCACCAGAUAAAUUGGACGGAUUUGACCUUCCAAGAGCAAUGAGCCUAUUGGGACCGAUUGUGAUGGAUCCCGGUCACGCCAUAUAUGAGGGCACUAUGAUCUAUAUACCUAGCAAAGAUUUCUUCAUGGUUGCUGAAAGGGAUAUAUCUAGAGUUAACGCAUAUGGUGACGAAUCAAGUUGCAUCAGUGACACACACCCGCAUCUAAAUAAGUACUGCUAUUGCAAUAAGUCGGUUAAUAUUAAAAAGAACAAAUCUAAACCCAAGAUAGAUUUGUUUAGAAUUGGCUUGUGA